UAUUCCCAGCCCUCUGAAGCUUGUACACCCUUGGAUUGGUACAGUCGUGGCUUCUUGCAGGUGAACUCAACAGCCCUGCUCGUUGCCUCCAAAUGCAAGCAGCUUUGUUUGUUUGUCCCCCUCCCCUCCUGUGCCUUGUUAGUGAGCCUAGAAUAAGGAAAUGUGAGAGAGAUUUUUAAGAAGAGAGAAGGGAAGAAAUCCAUGUCAUGUGCAGAGGCAGCAGAAGCAACCGCGGUAGCAGCAGCAACAGCAAGUCAUUAAGUCAGACUGCACCAUUUUCUUCUCACCCUGCAUAGAGGUGCUCCUGGGAGCUGCAAUCAACUGCCCACCCCCUCUUGGUACCACUGUGGUGGCUUCUUCCUGGCCCCAGUCAGAGGGCACAGAUUGUCUGGAGGAGUUGCAAGAGACUAUUCCAGUUGGGGAUGUGGAUCUAAAGGAUGGCUAUUUCAACUGGUCAGAUGCUUGUUUGCAGUUGUGGUCAGAGAACUGCAGAAGAGGCUCUAGUCUAACCUUCAGCUUGGGGUGUUUUUCUUUUCUUUUUUUUCCACCUGGCAUCUAGUUCUCUCUGUGUGAGCAUUUGUGUGCAGGUGUGUGUUUGUGGGAGUGUUUUGGUAUGCUGCAGUGAAUUAUGGGUGGUGCAGAGGCUAAAGCAAGAGUGUGACCUAUCACGGAGGCGGAGAAGUGGAUGAUUUUGUGAGUGAUUCUGGCUCCCAGCCGUUGCCCUGUUGGGGGGUGGGGGGAAUCUCUAUUUAUAUGCAACAUCACCUGGAUUGCUGUGUAGCAGAAAUUGAUCCUCAGGAUCUGCUACUGCCUGCUUCUGCAAAAUGGCUCAUGCUGCUGCUUCCAUUAAAAAAGUUCGGGAGGCCGAGCUCGAUGAAAAGGAGAAAAACCUUGAGAGGGAAAGGAAAAAACAACGGAAAACCCCUAGGGAACGAAUAGAGAGGAAACGCAAGUCUGACAGCAAUGCCAGCUUCCUCAGAGCGGCCAGAGCUGGCAAUCUUGACAAAGUGGUAGAGUAUUUGAAGGGAGGAAUAGACAUCAAUACAUGUAAUCAGAAUGGACUCAAUGCCUUGCACCUGGCUGCCAAGGAAGGCCAUGUGGGACUGGUUCAAGAGUUGUUGGGAAGAGGAUCAGCAGUAGAUUCUGCCACUAAGAAGGGGAAUACAGCUCUACACAUUGCAUCUUUGGCUGGACAAGCUGAAGUUGUCAAAGUUCUGGUUAAGGAAGGAGCCAAUAUCAAUGCACAGUCUCAGAAUGGCUUCACUCCUCUCUAUAUGGCUGCUCAAGAAAAUCACAUUGACGUAGUGAAAUAUUUAUUGGAAAAUGGAGCUAAUCAGAGCACUGCUACUGAGGAUGGCUUCACUCCCCUGGCUGUGGCACUGCAACAGGGACACAACCAAGCUGUGGCAAUCCUCCUGGAGAAUGACACCAAGGGGAAAGUGCGACUGCCUGCCCUACAUAUUGCUGCUAGGAAAGAUGACACCAAAUCUGCAGCCCUCCUGCUCCAGAAUGACCACAAUGCUGAUGUUCAGUCUAAGAUGAUGGUGAAUAGGACAACCGAGAGUGGUUUUACCCCAUUGCACAUAGCCGCACACUAUGGAAACGUCAAUGUGGCAACACUUCUUCUUAACCGAGGAGCUGCUGUGGACUUCACAGCCAGGAAUGGAAUCACUCCUCUGCAUGUGGCUUCCAAAAGGGGAAACACAAAUAUGGUGAAGCUCCUACUGGAUCGGGGAGGUCAGAUCGAUGCCAAAACCAGGGACGGGCUGACACCACUUCACUGUGCAGCACGGAGUGGGCACGACCAGGUGGUGGAACUUCUUUUAGAACGAGGAGCCCCCUUGCUGGCAAGGACCAAGAAUGGACUGUCUCCACUUCACAUGGCUGCCCAGGGGGACCAUGUUGAAUGCGUGAAACACCUGCUACAGCAUAAGGCCCCAGUGGAUGACGUCACCCUGGAUUACCUGACUGCCCUCCAUGUUGCUGCACACUGUGGUCACUACCGUGUGACCAAACUUCUCCUGGACAAGAGAGCCAAUCCUAACGCCAGAGCCUUGAACGGUUUUACUCCACUGCACAUUGCGUGCAAGAAAAACCGCAUCAAAGUCAUGGAACUGCUGGUGAAAUAUGGGGCUUCAAUCCAGGCUAUAACAGAGUCUGGCCUCACACCAAUACAUGUGGCUGCUUUCAUGGGCCACCUGAACAUAGUCCUCCUUCUGCUGCAGAACGGAGCCUCUCCAGAUGUCACUAACAUUCGUGGAGAGACUGCACUACAUAUGGCAGCCCGGGCUGGGCAGGUGGAAGUAGUCCGUUGCCUUCUAAGAAAUGGUGCUCUUGUGGAUGCCAGAGCCAGGGAGGAACAGACUCCCUUGCACAUUGCUUCUCGCCUGGGUAAGACAGAAAUAGUCCAGCUGCUUCUGCAACAUAUGGCUCAUCCAGAUGCUGCCACUAAAAAUGGAUACACGCCCCUGCACAUCUCAGCCAGGGAAGGCCAGGUAGAUGUGGCAUCGGUACUUCUGGAAGCAGGAGCAGCACACUCUUUAGCUACUAAGAAGGGAUUUACACCAUUGCACGUAGCUGCAAAAUAUGGAAGCCUGGAUGUGGCAAAACUGCUCUUUCAACGUCGUGCUUCCCCGGAUUCUGCUGGAAAGAAUGGCCUCACCCCACUCCAUGUUGCUGCUCAUUAUGACAACCAGAAGGUGGCGCUGCUGUUACUGGAGAAAGGUGCAUCUCCUCAUGCCACUGCCAAGAAUGGCUACACUCCAUUGCAUAUUGCUGCUAAGAAGAAUCAGAUGCAAAUAGCAACCACAUUACUGAACUAUGGAGCAGAGACCAACAUUGUGACAAAGCAAGGGGUCACUCCGCUUCAUCUGGCCUCUCAGGAGGGCCAUACUGAUAUGGUAACCCUGCUCCUGGAUAAAGGAUCCAACAUCCACAUGUCAACUAAGAGCGGACUGACAUCCUUGCAUCUUGCAGCUCAAGAGGAUAAAGUGAAUGUUGCUGAAAUCCUUACUAAGCAUGGUGCCAACAAGGAUGCUCAGACUAAGCUUGGUUACACUCCUUUGAUUGUGGCCUGCCACUAUGGAAAUGUAAAAAUGGUCAACUUUCUUCUGAAACAAGGAGCCAAUGUCAAUGCAAAAACCAAGAAUGGUUACACCCCUUUGCAUCAAGCUGCUCAACAAGGCCACACUCACAUCAUCAAUGUACUUCUCCAGCAUGGGGCCAAGCCAAAUGCUAUAACUGCUAAUGGCAACACUGCCCUAGCAAUUGCUAAACGUCUGGGAUACAUCUCUGUGGUCGAUACGCUGAAGGUUGUAACUGAGGAGGUCACCACCACCACAACGACUGUUACUGAGAAACACAAGCUAAAUGUACCUGAGACAAUGACCGAGGUCCUUGAUGUUUCUGAUGAGGAAGGUGAGGAUACCAUGACAGGAGAUGGUGGGGAAUACUUGAGACCUGAAGACCUGAAAGAACUAGGUGAUGACUCUCUGCCCAGCAGCCAGUUCCUUGAUGGUAUGAGUUACCUCAGAUACAGCUUAGAGGGAGGACGAUCGGACAGCCUUCGAUCCUUCAGUUCAGACAGGUCUCACACCCUGAGCCAUGCCUCCUACUUGAGGGAUAGCGCCAUGAUUGAUGAGACAGUUGUGAUCCCCAGCCACCAGGUAUCAACUCUGGCCAAGGAGGCAGAAAGGACUUCCUAUCGUCUCAGCUGGGGUGCUGACCACUUAGAUAAUGUGGCUCUUUCUUCCAGUCCAAUUCAUUCUGGCCACUCAUCUCCAUGUCUUGAUCGUGACAACGGCAGUUUCCUGGUUAGUUUUAUGGUGGAUGCCCGAGGUGGUGCUAUGCGUGGCUGCAGACACAAUGGGCUCAGGAUUAUUAUUCCACCCCGGAAAUGUACUGCCCCAACUCGAGUCACUUGCCGACUAGUCAAACGCCAUAGACUGGCCACCAUGCCUCCAAUGGUGGAAGGAGAAGGCCUGGCCAGCCGUCUGAUUGAAGUCGGACCUUCUGGUGCUCAGUUCCUUGGUAAACUUCACCUGCCAACGGCUCCUCCCCCACUUAAUGAGGGAGAAAGCUUGGUCAGCCGAAUCCUUCAGCUGGGGCCUCCUGGAACCAAAUUCCUUGGGCCUGUAAUUGUGGAGAUCCCUCAUUUUGCGGCCCUUCGAGGAAAGGAGAGGGAACUGGUGAUUCUUCGAAGUGAAAAUGGGGACAGCUGGAAAGAGCAUUAUUGUGAAUACACAGAGGAUGAAUUGAAUGAAAUCCUAAAUGGGAUGGAUGAAGUGCUCGAUAGCCCGGAAGAUUUGGAAAAGAAGCGGAUAUGCCGCAUCAUCACUCGAGACUUCCCACAGUACUUUGCAGUGGUGUCCCGUAUCAAGCAGGACAGUAAUUUGAUUGGACCAGAAGGAGGUGUGCUAAGCAGCACUGUGGUAUCCCAAGUGCAGGCUGUUUUCCCUGAAGGAGCACUAACAAAGCGGAUCCGUGUUGGUUUACAGGCUCAACCAAUGCACAGUGAACUUAUUAGGAAGAUUCUGGGCAAUAAAGCUACUUUUAGCCCAAUAGUCACUUUGGAACCCAGAAGAAGAAAAUUUCACAAACCAAUCACAAUGACAAUUCCUGUCCCCAAAGCCUCCAGUGAUGGCAUGCUGAAUGGUUUUGGGGGUGACACACCUACUUUAAGGUUACUAUGCAGUAUAACAGGUGGAACGACUCCAGCACAGUGGGAAGAUAUCACAGGGACCACACCACUCACAUUUGUCAAUGAAUGUGUUUCCUUUACAACCAAUGUGUCUGCCAGGUUCUGGUUGAUAGACUGUCGACAAAUCCAGGAAUCUGUUACUUUCGCCUCUCAAGUGUAUAGAGAGAUUAUCUGUGUACCCUACAUGGCCAAAUUUGUAGUGUUUGCCAAAUCACAGGAUCCCAUCGAAGCCCGGUUGCGAUGCUUCUGCAUGACUGAUGACAAAGUGGACAAGACCCUAGAGCAACAAGAGAACUUUGCUGAGGUCGCCAGGAGCAGGGAUGUAGAGGUAUUAGAAGGAAAACCCAUCUACGUGGACUGCUUUGGGAACCUGGUACCACUAACGAAGAGUGGUCAACAUCACAUAUUCAGUUUUUUUGCCUUCAAAGAAAACAGACUUCCACUGUUUGUCAAGGUACGGGAUACAACUCAUGAACCUUGUGCACUUUCAUUCAUGAAGGAGCAAUCAACAAGAGGAUUAGUGCAUCAAGCAAUCUGCAACUUAAAUAUCACAUUGCCGCUUUACUGCAAGGAGUCAGAGUCAGAUCAAGAACAGGAGGAAGAGAUCGAUAUGACAUCAGAAAAAAACGAUGAGACAGAGUCUACAGAAACAUCUGUCGUGAAAAGCCACCUCGUUAAUGAAGUUCCUGUCCUAGCGAGUCCGGACUUGCUCUCUGAAGUUUCUGAGAUGAAGCAAGAUUUGAUCAAGAUGACCGCCAUCUUGACAACAGAUGCCUCAGAUAAGACAGGCUCUAUUAAGGUGAAAGAGUUGGUGAAGGCAGCUGAUGAAGAGCCAGGCGAGCCGUUUGAAAUUGUUGAAAGAGUUAAGGAGGACUUAGAGAAAGUCAAUGAAAUUUUGAGAAGUGGAACAUGCACCAGAGAAGACCGCCUAAAUCAGAAGUCUCAGGCAGGGAGAGAAUUAGUAGAAGAAGAGUGGGUUAUUGUCAGUGAUGAGGAGAUUGAAGAGGCUAAGCAAAAGGCCCCCUUAGAAGUCACUGAAUCUCCAUGUGUAGAGGUUAGAAUAGAAACAGGGAAAAGAGAAGAAGUUAAAAAGGACCCAACUGGGAUAGUGAAAUAUCUCACUGAUGAUCUAAAUUCCUAUGAGACUCCUCGUGAAGUACGGCCACAGACAGGCCAAGUUUCAGUAGGGAAGAAAUCUGAGGCUACUGUUACUAGCAGGAGUUCAGAAAAGGAGGGACAAGAUGAGACGCAGAGUGCCCAAGAGCCACACAGACCGACCCUGGGGAUAAAGAAGCCAGUGAGGAGGAAAUUAAAAGAAAAGCAAAAGCAAAAGGAAGAAAGUUUACAAACCAGUGAAGGAACAACUGACCUUAAAAAAUGUAGCUCAGAGGAGUCAUUAGAUGAGGAAAAAGGCUUAGCACCGGAAGCUGUCCCCAGUGUCAGAGCUGUGUCCCCAGUGAUAGAAGAAACUCCCAUUGGCUCAAUAAAAGACAAAGUAAAGGCGCUUCAGAAACGAGUAGAGGAUGAACAGAAAGGCCGCAGCAAAUUGCCUGUCAGGGUGAAAGGGAAAGAGGGUACAGCUCAGGAGCUCCCUAAAAAGACAAUUCACAGGUCACAUCUACCUGUAUCGCCCUCACCUAAAACAGAGAAACAUUCACCUGUGUCACCCUCCACUAAGGCAGACAGACAUACUCCUGUUUCAGGCUCAACCAAAACAGAGAGGCAUUCACCUAUAUCGCCCUCAGCCAGGACUGAAAGGCCUCCACCAAUGUUGUCCUCUGGGAAAACGGAGAAACAUGCUCCUGUAUCACCAUCCAGCAAAACAGAGAGACGCCCACCUGUGUCACCUUCAGGGAAAACAGAGAAGCACUCAUCUGCAUCACCAUCUGGGAAAACAGAGAAACACCUGCCCAUAUCACCCUCUGGAAAAACAGAAAGACACCCUCCCACUUCACCAUCCUCAAAAACGGAAAAGCACCCACCUGUAUCACCAAGCUCAAGGACAGAGAGACAUCCACCUGUAUCGCCCUCUUCAAAAGCAGAGAAGCACCCACUUGUAUCGCCUUCCUCAAAAGCAGAGAAGCACCCACCUGUAUCGCCUUCCUCAAAAGCAGAGAAGCACCCACCUGUAUCGCCUUCCUCAAAAGCAGAGAAGCACCCACCCGUAUCACCAUCCUCAAGGACAGAGAGGCAUCCGCCUGUGUCACCCUCUUCAAAAGCAGAGAAGCACCUACCUGUAUCACCCUCUUCCAAAGCAGAGAAACACCCCCCCGUGUCACCCUCGUCAAGAACAGAAAGGAUAGAAGAGACAAUGUCUGUUCGAGAAUUGAUGAAAGCCUUCCAGUCAGGUCAGGACCCAUCAAAACAUAAAGCUGGAUUAUUUGAGCACAAAUCUGCAAAACAAAAGCAGCCACAGGAGAAAGGAAAAGCUCGGGUAGAAAAAGAAAAGGGGCAGGCACUGACACAGAAAGAAAGCCCCCCCAAAUCAGAAAGCCAGACAAUCAAACGAUGCCAAGAAUUCAGCAACGGCAUCUUCUGAUCUAAGAGAGGAGCUCGGUCUUCCUCUGGAGGCAUUAAGAGAGAAGUAUGUAGUUGGUGGAAAGAGAAAGGCUUGGGACUUAAAAUAACAGAACCUACUCACUCGGUGCUUCAAGAAGAAAGCACCAAAGAGAGUUCUUUGACAAAGGGAAAGGGGGCUGAUGAAGUGGGAGACCUUGAUCUCCAGAUCAGCCCAGACAGAAAAACCUCAACUGACUUUUCUGAGGUCAUUAAGGAAGAGUUAGAAGACAAUGACAAAUAUCAACAGUUCCGACAAUAUGAAGUCACAGAAAAGGCCCAGGUCCACUUAGACCAAGUGCUGACAAGCCCCUUUAACGCCACUUUUCCAUCCGAUUACAUGAAGGAUGGGUUUUUGCCCGCGCUGACUUUACAGAGCAAUGCUUUAGAGGACAGCUGUGAAAACCUUAAGCAGGAAGGGGUGGCCGCUUCUCCCUGUGGAAGCCUCAUGGAAGGAACACCUCCUCAGGUUAGCUCAGAGGAAAGCUAUAAGCAUGAGGGGCUUGCAGAGACUCCUGAGACAAGUCCCGAGAGCCUUUCUUUCUCACCAAAGAAAACUGAUGAGCAAACUGGGGAAACAAAAGAACCUGCUGUGGUAGAUGGGCCAAUGGAAGCCCAUUCAGCAGAACAGCCCUCCACAACCAAAGACAUUACGGAUGCUUCUGAAAAGCCACUCGCAGUAGUUAAGGAGACCAUGAAGACUGCUGCUGAGGACUGUUCUAGAGAUCUAGACCACAGACAAGAAGCUGGUUCUAUGAGCACCAGCAGCACUAGUGCAAAACUACCCCAAGAAGCAUCAGAAAAACUUGCCAAGGAAGCCAGCAAUGAAAGUCAAUUGACUCUUGAUAGCUCGACCUCCCUGACACAAGCUGGUGAUGAAGACAAAGGAUCAACCACGAUUGAACACUUAGACCAGACAAAAACUUCAGAGGUUUCUGACACCUCCACACAGAAAGAUGACAACUUGGACACCUCUGUAAAGAGAGGUAAAGAGACAGAAUCUGAGCACCGUGGAAUUGCUCGAAGCCCCCAAGGACUAGAACUUUCCCUUCCCAGCCAUGAUAGUGAAGGUCUCAGCCCUGUAGCUGAUGAAUCAUUGGCAAUCAGUCACAAAGAUUCUUUGGAAGCAAGUCCAGUCCUAGAAGAUAACUCUUCCCACAAAACUCCCGAUUCCUUGGAGCCAAGUCCUUUGAAGGAAUCCCCUUGCCGUGAUUCCCUUGAAAGCAGUCCCGUUGAGCCAAAGAUGAAGCCUGGAAUUCUUACAGGUCACGUUCCAUUUCCCACACCCUCCACCAAAGCUGAAGUCUUCACAGAGCUAGCUUCUGUGCGUUCCAGGCUUCUCCGUGACCCUGAUGGGAGUGCUGAGGAUGACAGCUUGGAACAAACCUCUUUAAUGGAGAGUUCUGGGAAGAGUCCUCUUUCUCCUGACACCCCCAGCUCAGAAGAGGUUAGCUAUGAAAUCACUCCCAAAGCAACUGAUGCUAGUGCACCUAAGCCAGCAGUCAUCCCUGAAUGCACAGAGGAGGAGGAUUCUGAAAAUGGAGAAAAGAAGAGGUUCACCCCUGAAGAGGAAAUGUUUAAAAUGGUAACCAAGAUCAAAAUGUUUGAUGAACUUGAACAGGAAGCCAAACAGAAGCGGGACUGCAAAAAGGAAUGUAAACAAGAAGAAUCCUCUAUAGGUUCUGAGCCAGAUGGUGACAAUACAGUUGCAGCAGAAGAAACAAAGUCUACAGGAAGUGAGGAAAAGGAAGGGGACACACCAAUAGUUGUGAUAUCUGAAAGCAGGAAGGUGUCUUCAUCUUCAGAGAGUGAGCCUGAGUUGACCCAGCUGAAGAAGGGUGUUGACUCAGGUCUCCUACUGGAGCCGGUCAUCCGAGUACAGCCUCCUUCUCCACUUGCAUCUGACAUAGAUUCCAAUUCCAGCCCUGAAGAAGCAGGAUUCCAGCCCAUUUCUUCUAAGCAAUAUACUUUCAAAAUGGAGGGAGAGACCCAGAAAGAACCAGCAAAAUCAACCAUGGACAAAGAUUCUGAAUCGUCUUCACCUGAGGAAAGACACACUAUUUCUGUUGGAGAAUCAGAGGAUCUACAUUUUGAUCUAAACAAGGAGACAGAAACUGUCAAAACAGAGACUUGUACUGGACAUGGAUGUGAACCCAGUAGUCCUAAGGAGCCAUCCAUUUCCUUCCAUCCAGCUAUCCAAACUUCCUCCCAUGAUGAUGUUGAAGAGGAUUCGGCAGCCCUUAAAAAUGCUUUUUACCAGCAAAAUACUCAGGAAAAAGAAAUAGCAGGAGAAAAGCAAGAUCUUGAUGUUUCUAGAACUGAAUCUACCAAAGUAGAUUGUUCCUGUGAAGAAAGCUCUCAAUUCUUGGCCUCAGUUUCCCAUUGCUCAACAUCUGAUGAAAUGGAACAAGGUAAAGACAUCACCACCACGUCCUCAAUUAUAGAAUUAGACACAGCCAAAAGUGAUCACAGUUUUUGAGAGCUUCUGCCAAGAAUGUUCCUAUUGAAGACCCAUCUAUUGCUGUUGAAAGCUGAUGAAGGUUGUCCCACAGGUGUCCCUGUAACCAAUGCUGCUGACACCAAUGAACCUUAUGCUCCACAGAUCACGAGCCCUUAUGAGAAUGUCCCUUCCCAAUACUUUUUCUCUAGUGAAGGAAGUAGGACCAAAACAAUCACUAGGCAAACAGAAAACUUGCUUUCCACCGAAGCUAUUACUGUAAAAUCCUCUUUUGAUGAUACAAUAGUGCAGAGUUCCUUUAGUGGAUCUGUUUCAAAGGAAACAUCGCUUUUUGAAGACCAGUACAUGGAAAUAGAAUCAAAACAAGAAAGCUCCCUGCAAACAGGUGCCUCUGCCAGCGAACAGAGAAGUAAAGUCAUCAUCACCAAAACUGAUGUGGAUUCUGAUUCCUGGAGUGAAAUAAGGGAAGAUGAUGAAGCAUUUGAGGCUCGAGUGAAAGAAGAAGAACAAAAGAUUUUUGGACUUAUGGUAGAUAGGCAGUCACAGGGUACGACGCCUGAUACCACUCCUGCCAGGACACCAACGGAGGAGGGGACACCUACAAGUGAGCAAAAUCCCUUUCUUUUCCAGGAAGGAAAACUAUUUGAGAUGACCAGAAGCGUGCCAUUGAUAUGACCAAAAAGAACCUAUGCAGAUGAGAGUUUUCACUUCUAAAUCGGGCAACAAGCCACUCAAGAGACUCUAUCCAAAGACAUAAAAGAAGGGCUGACAGCACUGGAGCCCCUCCAGUUGGAGAGAUUACCAGAAUCAGUGGUAGAUUCUGAAGAAAACAUUUCACAAGAAACAGAUUUGCCCAACAGAGGCUUGAGUGAGAAAGUAGAUGAAAAAGCUUCUACAGAUGCUGGAGCUGUCAAAGCUGAACAGACAUCAAACAUUCCAGUCAAAGUGGGAAUUUCAGCUUCUUCUCAAUCAACCACAAGAGAGGUUGUUUCCAUAGACACUGCAGAAGCUGAGACUUCCUCCCCUCAGGAAACUGGUGAUGUGGCCAGUGUGUCUGGCACAGCUCAGAUGCCUUCUUCUGACUCCCCUGAGCCUAUUACAGAAGUUCAGUUAGAUUUUUCUACUGUCACCAGGUCUGUGUAUUCUGAACGAGAGGAUGAUUCCCCAGACUCUUCCCCUGAGGAUCAGAAAUCUGUAAUUGAAAUACCCACUGGAGCCACAGAGAAUGUGCCUUCUGCUGAAAGCAAGUCCAAAAUUCCUGUCCGGACUCUACCAGCUUCGUCCCCAGAAUUGCCAUCUGUAGAACAUGAGGCUUCCCUUUCUGAGGAUUCUCCAUUCAGCCCAAAUGAUGAAAGUAAGAAUGAUGAAGCAAAACCAAAGUCUAAAAUCCCCAUCAAAGCUUCCUUCCAAAGAGUUGAGCAACAGUUUACACACACAGAGACAUCUGACCAACAGACAGUGACUCCUCAACCCCCAGACCCAAUAAGCAAAGGUCCUGAUAAUCGAAGUAAAUCUGAAUCUGAUGCUAGCUCUUGGGACUCAAAGACCAAGCGUUCAGUAAAAGCUAGAAGUUAUGUUGAGGUAGAAUCAGAGGCCAGAGAGGGUGUGGGGGAGACCCAGCUCGAGUUAGAAACAGAUGAGGGAACUCUACAACCAAAGACAUUUUCCUCAAGGUUGCCAGUUAAAAGUAGAAACACCUCUUCAUCCGGCAGGACCACUAGCCCCACAAAAGAUAGUAAGGAACACUUUUUUGACCUUUACAGAAAUUCCAUAGAGUUCUUUGAGGAGAUUAGUGAUGAAGCUUCCAAGUUAGUAGAUAGGCUUACCCAGUCAGAGAGGGAGCAAGAAUUAGUGUCAGAUGAUGAAAGCAGCAGUGCCCUGGAAGUUUCUGUAAUUGAAAAUGUGCUACCCGUUGAGACGGAGCAGUCAGUACGAGAGGACAUCUUUGAUACCAGACCCAUUUGGGAUGAGUCCAUUGAGACUCUGAUUGAGCGCAUUCCUGAUGACAAUGGCCAUGCAGAAGAUCUGCAAGAUGACCAAGAGCAUAUUGAAGAAAGGUUGGCUCAUAUUGCUGAUCAUCUUGGCUUUAGUUGGACAGAAUUAGCAAGAGAACUGGAUUUCACAGAAGAACAAAUUCACCAAAUCCGAAUUGAAAACCCUAAUUCCCUACAGGACCAGAGUCAUGCAUUACUGAAAUAUUGGCUUGAAAGAGAUGGUAAACAUGCCACAGACAAAAACCUCACUGAGUGUCUAACUAAGAUCAAUCGGAUGGAUAUCGUUCAUCUAAUGGAAACUAGCACCAUGGAACCUCUCCAAGAGCGGACUAGCCGCACUUAUGCGGAAAUUGAGCAGACAAUUGCACUGGACCAUAGUGAAGGGUUUUCAGUGCUUCAAGAAGAGAUGUGCACCCCACAACACAAGAAGAAAGGGGAACAAGCUGUUUCUAAAGAGCAUGAGCCAUCUUCUGAUCAUCCCCCCAUUGUCUCUGAAGAGGACAUUUCUUUUGGCUAUUCUUCCUUUCAUGAUAAUAUCCCCAAGACUGAGGGAGAGUUGACAGUGGAAGAGCUCACUCAACAGAUUCACAAAGAGCGAGUGCAAGUUGAGUUCUCAGGGAAAUUGGAAGAUUUGAUAGAAGAUUCUCCCAUUGACCACCGGCAGGAAUACUUUGUCACCACUCCAGGAACAGAACAGGAAGAGGCAAGAAAAGUUGUCCAAGUAUCUGGUUCUCUCAUUAAAACACCUGAAGAAAUUAGUGCAACUUCUGAAGAAGAGAGGCUCUACCUUCACACCCCAACACAUGGUGAUCAAGGAGAGUCUCCCAUUGUGCAAGAACCUGAGGAGACCCUAUUAAAUAAAGAAGAGAGCUCUACAAGGAGAAGCAGUCUUGUCAUUGUAGAGUCAGCUGACCAAACACAGAAACUUGAAAAAUUUGAAGAGGAAUCUUUUGAAAAGGAACUCACCAAGGAAUUAGGUGAGCUGGAUGUCAGCUCAGAUGAGGAUGCUAUGGUAACCACCAGGGUUGUUCGUCGCCGAGUGAUAAUUCAGGGAGAUGAUAUGCCUGACAUACCAUCAGAAACAGUAACAGAAGAAGAAUACACUGAUGAACAUGGACACACUGUAGUGAAGAAGGUUACCAGAAAGGUCAUUAGGAGGUACCUAUCACCAGAAGGCAUAGAAAAGGAAGAAGUUACUAUGUGUGGAACACUACAGGAGCCUGUGAACAUAGAGGAAGGAGAUGGGUAUUCCAAGGUUAUAAACGUGUGGUUCUGAAGGAGUGACAGUGAACAGUCAGAGGUAACUUUCUCUGAGCCCAGUGCUUCAAAGUUUCAGUCUGAGCCUGUGGAAGGCCGUAAGGUCAGCAAAGUUGUUAAGACAACUGUGGUACAUGGAGAAAGGAUGGAGAAACAUUUGGGGGAUUCUAGUUUAGCUACUGAUCUUCCAUCAGCCAAAGAUGACUUUGAAGAGGCUUUGAGUUAUACAGGUAGCCAUGGGAAAGUCCACCUACCCAGUUUAGUAGAAAAUGAAAUCAUGAAAGAGGAUGGAUCAGUUAUUAAAAGGACAACAAUGAAUAAAGCCAAGACACAGAAGAGGACUGUCGUAAAGGACCAGCAUGGAAAACACAUUCACUUGGAACAGCUGGAGGAUGUACCAGAAGCACUAAAUCCAGAUGACUUCCAGCAUGACCUCCAGCAACUUCUUAGACAUUUCUGUAGGGAGGACAGGAAGCAUGAGGCCAAAUGAGGGUCAGAAAACGACACACCCACUUAGUAUGCAGCUUUCACUUUCUUCAGUAGGUAUAGUGAUCACAAAUUGCCUAAUCAAUGGGAUACACGGCAUUUCUACUUUGAUCACACACCACGCUUUUGGUUUUCUUUCUUUCUUUUUCUUUUCUUUCCUUUUGUUUUUAACUCUAAGCUAAUUUGUGACCAAAGAGAGUAUCCUUCAUUCUGGAUGUUUUUUCCACUAAAUUGUCUUUGUGCUCUGCUGGGAACUGGCCACCUCAGUUGUUCCUUUGCUUCCGUGCUAGUUCCACGAGGAUCCGUUGAUCUGGACAGAACCAUCUGCAGGCCUCUUCAAGUGACCAUGGAUAUGUUCUGGUGAAAACACCUACACAAACUGUACAUAGCUAAAGUGCUUGAACUUACAAAACUUUAAAAAGAAAAUGUCUCUCGUGACUACACUUAUCAUCCUGGAAUAAAGGGUUAUAGAAAUUGCUGAACAAUGAUUAAUAAAGUAUAUUGCUAACACAAUCGACUGAAAAUACAGAUCUGCUGCAACAAGCGCCUUCCAACCUACCUGGUCCAUAGGACUUCCAGCUUAGUGAUCUCUCACCAUGAAAGGUGUGAGGGUCAGAUGGUGAUCACCUUCAAGUACAGCCCUUACUGCGAAGUUGCCCACUAAGACUCUCUAACUGCCACCUAAACAAUUUGGGGGAUAAACACCAUUGGAAGAACUAAAAAGAACGAUUAAUUAAUCAGAUCUCUAGCAGCUAAACUACAUCCUAUGGCACAUUUGAAUUUUAAGAUCCUUCCAAUUGGGACUCGUGGGAAGGGUGUAUUAAAUAGAUAUAACACAGUCGUUUUUUUUUCUCACUGCUUUAGCAAACCACAUUGUCUUACUGGUGGUACCUUCUGCUGGCCACUGCACUGUAGAUAACUCAGUGGGAAACAAGGUUUACUCGCUAGACAUAAAGUUAAACUCUUUCACCAUGUUUGUUUGUUUGUUUGUUUUUAAUUUUCUGGAUUGCCUCUUCCCAAAUACAUGCAUGUGGCAUUUAAAAAUUCAACCCAAGAACAAAACCCCUCUUGUAAUCAUGUCGAGAGCUUAUCAUCCUUUACUCUUAGCACUGAGUGAGUGAUCAGCUUUGAACUUCAGAUUGGGACUGUUUUCUGUUUGCAGAUGAGGUUCAGAAAGUUUGAUUUUGGUUAGUAUUUUUUUUUGAUUUAUUUGUUUACAUUUUUGGCUUACAUGCUAAGACUUACAAGAACAUUUCUGCACUUUUUGUUUGGUUUCAAAGAAGGGAAUAUAAAAUCUGAGAAAUUUCCAUGUCCUAUACCUUAUUCUUCUAGUGGUUGGAGCUGUGUAGUAUUUUAACAUAUAUAUACAAAUAUCUACAUAUAAACAAUAUACAUUUUGAAUCAGUUAUUUGAUAAAGCAUAUUCCAAGAUGAAGGGAAAAAAAUGAGUCAAUCCUCCAGGACUAAAAAAUUUCCAAUCCUAUCUGGUCUUUUCCUGUUGUGGGGGUGGAAAUGACUCAUUCUUUGCUCUGAAAGUAAAAAAUAAAAUAAAAUAAAGACAGCAUACAAUGGCAUUUGAUCAUUGAAGUAACAAUGCCGAGAGGAAAACAGAAAACAAAAACCACCUUUCUUGGGAAGCAAGGCUGCUCAGAGGCCAAGCCCCAAAGAUUCCCAUACUAGCACUUUUUUGGCAGUUGGAUAGGAAAUAAAUUGUUCUUGGCACUCAAAAUGAGAGAGAUCCAGGGUGGAACAUAUAAGAUGCACCAUGACUUUCUUCUUGUCAAGGACAGCAUUGGUUAACCUUUAAUGGAGCUCAAGAAAAGCAUUUCUGUUGUGUUUCUUGCAGUGCAGAUGAUGUCUGUGUAACAACAUAAUGGUUAUUCACCUUUUUUGAUUUUGUUUUUUUGCUGUGUUAUCAAAGAACUUGAAUACUGUGAGAAAAAAAGUGAAUUUUAAGUUGAUGAAUCAGCAUCUUGUUCCCAUGGUGAUAACACCAAUUGAAUAUAUCUAUGAGGGCAUGUAUUAGUUAAAGGAAAAAAAAUACACUAACAACACAUAGCUGCAAUGUGUACAAUGGCUGAUUUAAUUAAAUAAAAUGUACAAGUGUUAAAUGUA